GUUCUUGAGGAUUUUUUUCGCUCGACUUUUCGUGAAAUGUCGAGCCCAUGGAAGCAAGUUUCUGGACGACGAAUGCCACCACUUCCAGGAAAUGCAUCCCCGUCUAUUUUUGGUCGAAGAGGAGCAUCCGGGGAAAGUGCAGAAAUAGGUCUCACUCCCGAUAAUGUAAAGACCUACCUGAAUGCAAAUCCAUGGUUAGUCGCAGAAGUUCUUAAAGAAAAUGAGAACAACGACGAUUUUAAGAGAGUACUGGACUCGGGCUCCAUACAACUGCAGCGAGAUCUGUCCUAUACAAGCAGUGGAAGAUGCUCAAGACUAAGAAGUGUAUCUAAGGAAACACUGAUGCCUGGAGAAAAGACGGACAGACAGAAGAUGUUGACAGAAAUGGUGAAUGUUAUUGAGGAAGGCAAAGAAGUCCCUGAAAUGCUGUAUAGAUUGAGCAGUGUAGUAGCUACAGCUGUUCAAGCUGAUGAUUUCUUUCUGUACACAGUUAGCUCCAAGGACAUGCAUCUAUGCAGAGAAACUAACGGAAGAAUCCAGCAGAUAAUGUUUGGUCCCGUUGUUCCAGGAACGACCAUCUCAGCCUAUGUGGCUCACACUAAGGAAGCUGUCAUGGUGGAUGACAUUCUUGGGGAUGACCGAUUUCCCCAAGGGACUGGGAUUGAGAAUAGUAACGCUCAAGCUCUCCUGUGUCUACCUCUGCUCUCACCAAACGGGGAAAUAACAGGUGUACUGCAGUUGUCCAAAAGUUAUGGAAGUGCUCCUUUCACAGAAGAUGGAUUGGCGAUUGCAACAACAUACAUGCUAUGGGCAGGGAUAGCACUCAACAAAGUUCAGGUGUGCAAAGGUCUGAUGAAGCAAAGGGCUUUCAAUGACUUUCUGCUGGAGGUCUCCAGGGUGAUUUUUGACGACAUAGUUGCAAUUGACACGCUUACUGAACACAUCAUUAUGUUUGCUAAGAGUCUUGUCUGCGCUGAUCGUUGCGCUCUUUUUCUUCUGGAUGCUAAAACUGAGGAACUCUAUGCUGAUCUGUUUGACGAGGGGAAAGUUGUCAGCGGUCAACCAGUUUUCACUAAAAAGAAGCAAAUUAGGUUUUCGAUUGAGAAGGGUAUAGCUGGUCAUGUGGCAAGAACUGGAGAAGUUGUGAAUAUUCCUGAUGCUUAUAGUGACUCUCGUUUCAAUAGGGAGGUUGAUAUUCGGACUGGGUACACCACUCGUAGUAUCCUCUGUAUGCCCAUCAUGAGUCACGGUUCGGUCAUUGGUGUCGUACAACUCAUCAAUAAGAAAGAUCCAAGUCAGAACGCUUUUGAUAAGACGGAUGAAUCUAACUUCAGAAUGUUUGCUGUGUAUUGCGCACUGGCUCUUCACUACUCUAAGGUCUACAGCAGCAUCUUAUAUUGUGAGCGUGUUCUUGGUGUGACUCAGGAGCAGUUGGCUUUCCACACCAAUCCAACCAAAGAGGAAACGGAUAAGCUCAUAAUGAGAUUGAGCAAACGGACUGUUAUUCCACAAGAUUUGGACAGCUUUGAGUUUGACUGUCGCUCCUAUUCCAAUGUCCUAUGUGACUACCUGUUACAUAUGACACAUAAACUAUGUGGACAAGAUUGCUUUGAUUUGGAUACGCUUGCUGGAUUUCUCCUGACUGUCAAGAAAUGGUAUCGCCCAAACCCCUUCCACAACUUCCCUCAUGCCUUUAAUGUCGCUCAUUGCAUGUAUGCAUUGUUGAUCAAGACACCUGGAGUCUUCACUAACCUUGAGUGCCAGGCAAUGUUUGUAGCUGCCAUCUGCCAUGACAUAGACCACCGAGCUCUCUCCAACCCCUUCCUUCAGAAGUCAGAUUCACCCCUGGCUGAUCUAUAUACCUCACCCAUCAUGGAGAACCAUCAUUUUCAAAUGACGAUGAACGUUCUCCAACAUCCCCGCGUUAACAUCUUUGCCCGUCUACCUGUGAACACUUACAAGCAGGUGGUUGGACUUAUUCAGCACUGCAUCCUCUCCACUGAUCUCUUGUCAUUCUUUGGGAAUCGCCAGGAGGUUGCUAAACUCUUGUUAUCCCAGAGUCUAGAUCUCAACAACACUGCUCACAAGACCAAGGUUCAAGCUCUGAUGAUGACAGCAUGUGAUCUGUGUGCAACGGCAAAGCUUUGGCCAAAUCAGCGAGAUUGUGUGGAUACAUUGUACAUGGAGUUCUAUGCCCAGGGAGACAAAGAGAAGGAACAAGGGAUACAGCCAAUGGAAAUGAUGGACAGAGAUAAACGUGACAGUCUGGCACAACAACAGAUUGGAUUCCUGACCAAUGUUGCCAUGCCUUGCUUCUCUACACUAUCUGAAGUCAUACCUACAGCCAAGUUUCUACUGGAAGGUUGCAAGGAUAAUUUGGUUCAAUGGCAGCAGGAGACUGAAGGCAAGAGUACUGCUAUGUGGGAGGUUGGAACCUCCAGAACAACAUCAAAGUAAAAAACCACACCAGGGAUUCUACCUCAACAGACACCUCAAGAGCUUCAUCACUACAAAGUAAAAAGAAGAUAAAGAAGUUAGCCGAAAAUAAUAACUAGUGAAAUUCAUCAUUAAAAGAAAUACAAACAAGAGCCUCAAGCGGAAAAAGUUAGCUGCAAACGAAACCACAAGAGCUUGACAAAAAAAUGACGACGAGGUGGAGAAAUUAGCUGAAAAAAACUUUAUGAAUGUCAUCAUUAAGAAAGAAAAGCAAGAUGGAGGAGUUAGCAGCAAAAGAAACCACAAGAGCUUUGUCAACAAGUAAAAACUAGAUGCAGAAGUUAGCUGAAAAGAAACAUCUUGAAAUUCAUCCUUAAAAAAGACAAGCAAGAAGGAGAAGUUCGCUGCAAAAGUAACAAACCAGGGGAGCUUCAUUCAAAAAUGGAGUUAUCAAAGUUAUCAAAGUUAUAUGAAAGUUAUCUAUAAAAAUAAAUGCAAGGCUGCAAAAGAUACAAAGAGCUUCAUAUAUAAGUAAACAAAGAAAAUUAAAAGGUAAUUCAUUAACGCAUUAAAGAUGUAUAAACACAUUGCACAAAGUUGUUAAUCUAUUCACUUUUAUUCUAAUCAUUCCUUUUGCAAAAGUUCAUCAAACUGAAUUGGUGUAUGUAUAUGAUUCAUUAAUGUUUUACAAGUUUAAUAAAUUCUAUAUAAAAUUGGAAUUCCCUUUUUUAAAACCGAUAAGAAAUCUUACGGGCUAGAUUGUAACCAAUCAAAGUAUUUCAAAGUAAAUAUUGGUAACA